GGCAGACGCAGAGGAAGCAACAGCUCAGGAGAGCAGCAUCGAGGCACACGCAUACGACUUCCUUCAGCAGUAGCGGCAGCCGGGACGAGGCUUGCCCAGCCGAACGCCUAUCCGGCGUCCACCAGCAGCAGCCGGGACGAGGCUUGCCCAGCCGAACGCCUAUCCGGCGUCCACCAGCAGCAGCCGGGACGAGGCUUGUUCAGCCGAACGCCUAGACGGCGCCCAUCAGCAGCAGUCGGGAGGAGGCUUGUUUAGCCGAACGCCCAUCCAACUUCCAUUCCACCACCAGCAGCCGGGACGAGGCUUGCUCAGCCGAACGCCUAUCCGGCGUCUACCAGCAGCAGUCGGGCCGAGGCUCACUUAGCCGAGCGCCCAUUCGACUUUCAGUUCAUCAGCAGCGGCAGCCGGGCUUCUUUUAGCCGAGUGCUCAUCUGACAUCGCCAAGCCAGUUGAUCACAGAUAGUCGUCUCGCCAUUCUACUGCAGUAAGGUUUUAAGGGGUUCCUUGCUGCAGCAGAAACAUGGAGACGACGCUGCACGGUCGCGACAUUGGCGCUGCAUCAGCUCCCAUAAAGACUCCUUCAAAGAAGAAAAUUAUGAAGGAGUUAAAGCAAGCCUUGGACAAGAACAAUUCUUUGCGCGAACAAGUUGCUACAUUGACAUCAGGAAAAGAUACAGUUUUCGAAUCGAAGCAAGCUUCCUCUAGUAAUGUUCGUGAUGAUACGUUGCUGUCCACGAUGAACAGUUUAACACUGGGUACUUUGAACAUCCCUAUGUGCACACCAUCAGAAGGUGAAACCGAGAUCGAUAAACGAGCAUUUGAGUACUGGAAGGACAUGCUCGUUUCUUCGUUACAGCUCAUCAACGCUGCUGAUGAGCAUACCAAGUUCGGAGUGUUUAAAAUCAAAUCAGGUCCGAAGCUCAGGGAAAUUUUUCAAACUACAUCGACUUCACCGGGUAUGCCAGAUGAGAAGUCCGCUCCGUUUUCGAACGCAUUAGCUCGAUUGGACGAGUAUUAUGGAUCCAGAGCGUAUACACUUUCUCAAAGAGGAAAACUCAUGAUGUUGAGUCAAGAAGCAUCAGAAAGCAGCAUUGGCUUUGUUCGACGCGUUGCUUCGGCAGCAAAAUUGUGUAAUUAUGGGCCAGACGAAGAGAUGGAGGCUGUGGUACGAGUGGUUACUAAGGGUGCCAGUGAUGGACGAGUGAGAGUCCUAGCCCAUCGGAACUGGGUUAAGCAAGGCACAAUGAAGGACUUAAUAGACUUGGUACGCGAUAGAGAGAUUGAGAGGACCAAUGAAGAAGAGUUUCAAAGAGUUCAUGGUCAAGGAGGUACAUCAAUGAUAGCAGCGGUCUCUCAACCCGGUUAUGAAUAUCGUCACCUCAAACGGGAUUUAAUUCGUAUGGAAGAGGCAGAGGGUUCCAACGAGGAAUCCGAGGUGGAGGAAGAGGUGGAAGAGGAUUCCAGAGAGGAAUAA